UCGGACAAGUUGUCGAUUGAAAAACGGUGGGCACUCGCAGAGGAUCUAUUCGAAUCCUAUCGUAUCGAAUCGAACCGAAAAAAUACGUUAGUUUAAUUAGGCCAUUCGUAUGUGCGUAGUGUUGGUUGAAUUGUCUUUGCCCUCAAGCCCAAAUUACACUGCCGAAAAUAGCAACAGACACUUUUUGAGACCACUAACUUUCAUUUUUAUGCGAUCCGAAAUUUCUGCGCGAUGUUUGCCCAGUUUAUUAACAUCAAUUUAGGAAGUUAGCGUGUAAAUGAAAUUUACAGCAGUAAAAAAACCGAAAGAAGCCAGAAAUCAAUCAAAGCCAAAAUGAGACAAGGCCAAACUGUAAAGGAAAAACAAAUAUAAAUAAUAGACACCGAAAUAAAAACCCAAACCAAAUGAAGACAAGGCGAGCUACGUAGUUACCUUUAACAACCAAAAAACAAAAAACAGCAACAAUACGAAGCUCAUUGAACAAAAGUGAGAGUGAUUUCCAAACCGCAGUGUUGCUGGAUUUUUUUGUAUUUACGCUUUUAUUUAAGCCAGACCCAAAACACAUUGGUAUAGGUAGUCGUGUGUGUUUGCAUAUCGCAUCGGAAUCGAAAUCGCGUAAACAAAAGCGGCUAACGAAAAACUUGGCAACCAAAUAUUUCAAAUAUUUAUCCAAAUGACGCACCUGCUUUCGGGCAACUGACCAACCUCAAGUCGCAAUCGGGUUUUCGGAGUCUGUUGCGCAAACGCCUUAAAGUGGUUUAAAAAAAAAUGUUGAAAAAUUCUGCAAAAAAUUGUAAUCAUAUCUGGUAUGGCAUGAAGUAAUCGACUGUGUAAUUGCAGUUUCUGCGGCUCCACAUAAAUGCUGACGACUGGCCAUGUCUUGGCCAAAACAAUGGGGCUACGCUAGCCUCUGGCUGCCUUUGCUGAUCGGCCUGCUGUACACACAAAAUGCAUCAGCUUUCAUUGUGCCAAGGGAACUACCGUCCAUAUUAUCCAUAGUUUACUCCAAUAUACCACCGAUUAAAAAGGGAACUGAUUCCCGUUUGGGCUUUGGUUUUCGCCUGGGCGAGCAUGCGGACUUCCAAGUGAUGGUGGAACUAGGUCCCCAGAAGGAGACUCGACCCAUUGGCGAUCCCAAUCAGAAUGAUCAAUCGUUCAAUAAGCGCCAGGUGAGCCAAGGCGAUCAGAAGGCCCUGGCACGUCUACUUUACCGCCAGCAGGUGAAAGAGGAAGCCCAGAGAUUGAUGACCUCCACGGAGAGAAAUGGGGCCAGCUGGCUGGAGACCUGGUCGAAUGGCAUGAAACCGCAAAAGCCCAAAGGCCAAAAGGACCAGGCUAAAAGGCCGGUGGUGAAAGAAAGUUCCCAAGAUCCCUCGAAUGCCAUGCAGCAGCUGCAGUUGCUCUACAAAAUGGCCACCAGUUCCAGCACCACCAGUAGCACCACCACCACCGAGAUUCCUCCUGUCUUCCAAGGAGGAUCCCUCAAUCUAGGUGGUCCCAGUGGCUUUAAGCUGCCACCACCUGCUCUCAGCCAGGAUACAAACACGCUGAGCAAUCCUGAUCCCCCCAAGAGCCCAAGUGAGAUCACCAAGGAGCUUAUGAAUGUCAGUCUGGAGACGGACACUUAGGUUGUGUACUUAUCUAGUUACUAGUUAAUGAUCAGUGAUCACUAAUAUACCUGUGCAUAUGGGUGCUUAGCAAAUCUGUGUGUAGUAUCGCUUAGCUAUGUUUCUGUAAAUAAACUUUAAACUUAACUUAAGUUAGCGAAAUGAUUGAGCUGCCUAAAAGUAGGCAAUAAGAAAUUGACAAAAGUAAAUAUCAAAUUAAGAUCAUGUAAAAUAAAACGUGUAGAAUCGUUUAAAUGUAAAAUUAUGUUGAUGAAUAAAACAUGGUUAAAAUUUAAGGUAAGAAAACUGGUAA